AUGUUAGGAAGGCAAGCAGGAACUUCAGCCUUAGUUUCUACUGCUGGGGAAAAUGCUGUGAUACAGGCAAGUGGCAAACUUGCCAGAAGUUCUAAACAACAAAGCAGGGAAUGCGAGUUGGCGGCUGCUUUUUACAAAGAAGGGAAGCGAGGCAGUUUACGGAAGUUAAUGAAGAUUGUAACGAAACAAAAAGAGACAAGUGAAGCCACCAGUCGAUCUGCUGCUUUUGCUGCUGCGUUGGCGCUGAAAUUGGAUAAACUGCCGGAAGCUCACGAAAUGAUGUCGUAUGUUACGAUGACACCUGCAGUAAUUCGGCGAAGUCUGCUUGUCACAAUUUUAGCAACAGAGGACCGACUUGACGAAGCUCUUGAUGAAAUGGAGAAGUGCCUCCAAGAAGAAGAUGUUGUCUUUCAUUCUGAGAACAGCUGCAUUAGCGACGAAGCACUGGAUAAACUUUGCUAUGCCAUCAAGAAGCGUGACGAUACUCAAAAACAGAUGCAACGAUUUCGUGCAUUGCAACGAGUCAUUACGACGUACAAACGGCGGAGUACCAAGACGAUCGACAAUUUGCUCCAUACUCCACUACACAUUGCGCCAAUUGAGGAAGCAUCUCCAGAACCGCCGAAAGUUCCUCUUACCGACAAGGUCAUCGCCCAGGUUCCUCAUUUCCUCGCUGGUGACGAAGAACAGUGA